AUGGCCUCCGAGGACUCGUUGGACUUUAGCCCACCUUAUCGGCCCUUGCCGAACAGUACCGCGGCCUUUUGGCUAAGGUAUCAGCCGGCUGAACAAGAGUCGUUUGACGACGUCGUCGCACUGUUGCAUCGUGUUAUGCCCAAGGGGAAGGGGCUUUACGUCGCACAACGACAACUGGAUGGUCAGCGCGUGGUAGAGGUGCUCUUCUGCUCGCAGGCCCGGUAUCGCGUCACUAGCAUGUGCUCAAGAGACAAGUGGGCUCGCAAGGGAGCCCAGGGACAAGUCGUGGGCAUCACUUGGCCUUCCCUCCGACAGACCCGGGAGGUCUUCAUUGCCGACUGUUUGGAUCAGCUACGACGGAUCCCCAAGGAACAUAGUCUAGGUUCUCUCAAAGAGUUUCUGUUUGGACUGGACGCCUCGCUGGACCGAGAAAGCGAGCGUAUGGCUCGGCUACGGAAGUCGCCAACCACACGCGUCUACAGGCAUUCUCCAGGCGUUUACAAGUACCCCUUCACCGUUUACAAGGGACAGCCUCGAAGAUCACCUCCGGAGGACUCCUUCACGACUAUGAAAGCAAUCCCCCCGUAG